AGCAGGAAGGAAAGAGAACUAAGGUCGCUGUCAGAUAUUUUUAACCAUUUUCGCUGUAGAUUGCUUCAUCACAUUGAGGUUUUUCUUCCAUCAUCAUGUUUUUGAAAAGAAACACCUGUUUGGUGGUUGUUUUGUUGUGUUCUCUGACCUUGUGGUGCAAGUCCACCAGCGCAGGCUCCAGUUAUCUCAGCCCUUCACAAAAACCUCAGAUCAAGGGGAAAUCAUCCAGAGUCGGCCGCCAAGCCAUGGAAGAGCCUCGUCAACCCGCUGAGGACAACCACAUCACAAUCAGUGCCCCCUUUGAGAUUGGCUUCACCAUGAGAGAGGAGGACUUUGAGGAGUACGGUGUAGUGCUGCAGGAGAUCAUUCAGCGUGUGCUGGGAAGCACUGAAGCUGCACCAGAGACACCAUCACAACUUUGAAGAUCAUGGACAAGAAUUUAAAAUUUGCUGUCUCAAUGCCUUCCAAAUUCAACUAUAUUAGAUAGUGAUCAUUAAGCGAUUAGCCUGUAGACAUGCUGGUCUCCUUUUUCACAACUUCAUUUAUUCUUUAGCUCAAGGCUCUUCAACACAUUGUUACUCAGACUGAGACUAAUUAAGUUGCCGUCUGUACCACUAAAUCUUAGAGAACCCUACUGAUGUCCGUCAUUACAAACUAAAACAUUAAACUGUUUAUCAGGUGAAACCGUGUGUAAAACUUAAUCUUCAAUACUCGAGAUCUUUUUUGGAGCUUUCAACCACAUCUCAGGGUCUUCAUCAGUGAUGGAGUUGGUUCAGCUGCCAUCACACAACCUUAUCAUGGAGCUUAGCUGCUGUAAAUAUGGUUGAAAAUGAGUUUAAUAUACAAUAAGCUGAUAGAAGGAAAUUGAGUUAAAAUUAUUUUUGUCAAACUACUGUUGUAAAGGUUAAUACUGAACUUCCACUUUCAAAAGUGUAAAAUUUUCAGCAGAUAAGUUGCUCAUAUUCAUACCUGUGUAGUGAUCUAAUGUUAUUUGACAUUAAAAACACCCAAUAUCUAUUAUUCUUAUCUAUCUUCAGAGACCCAACAUGUGCCUGUAAAAAUAAAGCAUCA